GGGGGACAUUGUGCAGGCUGCACAGCUCCAGCAGCUGUGUGAACUCUUCUGACUGCAGGACCACAGGGAGGUCACCUGGACGCGUCGGAGGCGGGAAAUGAUUCCAAGGGGGCUGCAAGGUGACUGCUGAAGAAGGCUCAGAGAACAGACUGAUACAAAAUGGGUCUUGUGAUUGCUAAGGCAAGCACUACGCCACUUGGGCCAGUCUCACAGUGGCUGCAUAAUUUCAAUCAUUUUCAUGCUGACUCUACUCUUCUUCCUCUAGUCCAUGAUUUAGCACCUAUAAUGAUGGUUUCAUUGAACUUGUAUAUCCAUCUUCAUGCUCUCUGUGUAAUCCUUUGAGGAUUUUUAAGUCUGCACUGAUAUUAUCUUCUUUGUAUGUAAUAUUUCUACUUUUUUGUUUCAUCUACAUGUUUGCCAAUAUCCUUUGUUCUACUUUAAACACUUCCAACAAAAGGCUUUGUGAAAUGAGUCCACAACCAGAGACUUUUCAACAGUCAAUUUCUCUUUCUGCAAACAGAAUUUUGGACCAAGGGCACAAGCUCCUCUGAUUGCACAUUGUACAUCCAGCUAGUUACCCUUCAAUGUCAAAUAAAGAAGCAUGGUGAAGGCAGGGAAAGUAGUAUUAUUUCACAACUAGGAUAUGGUGUGGGAUGAGGCAGAGUUAAGUACUCAGCUCAUGUUCACCAUCUCCACGGUACAGACAUGAGAUAUAGAUUUAAAUAGGCAAAGGCCAGGUGGCAGGGAGCAAAGAUAUGCACUUAAAUAGUUCCAGUCACAGGGGUGGUGUAGUUGUUACAACUCAGCUGUUGUUAUGGGUGUGGUUCUGGAAUUGUUAUCCAGAGGAUGGUCCAUCCAAAGGAGGGUCUGCUGUUGGGGAUUGAUUUGGAUUCAGGUCAUGAAGAAAAUACCUGUCUUCUCGAUCCUAGAUUCCAAGGGGGCUGCAAGGUGACUGCUGAGAUGGUUCAGAGGACAGACUGAUUCAAAAUGGUGCCCCUGACCUUUGAGGAUGUUGCUUUGAGCUUCACCCUGGAAGAAUGGUGCUGUUUGGAUCCUUCCCAAAAGAAGCUCUACAGAGAAGUGAUGCUAGAAACCUAUAGAAACCUGUCCUACGUAGAAGAAAAUGAAAACAUUGAAAAGGACUUCAGGAAUCCCAGAAGAAAUAUGAGAAAUGAAAUGUUAGAGUUACUGCAUGAACGCAAACAAUGUAUUAAGUGUGCAGAAUCCUUUCAACAGACUCCAGAGAACAUAGUAAACAAGGGUACUCAGCUUAGAACAGCACCAUGUAAAAGCAAUAUAUGUGAUGCUUAUGGGAAAACCUUUACUGAUGGCUUGGCUCUUCUAAUCCAUGAAAGGUUACACAAUGUAGUGAAAUCUCAUGGAUGGAAACAAGUUGGAAAAGUCUUCACUCCAUCUGGUACCUUUCAUAUUCAUGAAACUUCUCACAUUAGUGAGAAACCCUAUGGAUGUACACAAUGUUGGAAAGCCUACACUCCUUCCAGUAACCUUCAUAUAAAUGAAGGAAUUCACAGUGGAGAAAAACCUUAUGAAUGUAAGCAGUUUGAGAAAGUCUUUAGUCAAGCCAAUGGCCUUGAAAGAUGUGAAAGAAUGCAAACUGGAGAAAAACCCUAUGGAUGUAAGCAAUAUGGGAAAGCCUACACUGAUUCAAGUGCCCUUCGAUAUCAUGAAAGAACUCACACUGGAGAGAAACCACACGAAUGUAAGCAAUGUGGGAAAGCCUACACAUUUUACAGUGCCCUUCGUAGUCAUGAAAGAGCUCACACUGGAGAGAAACCCUAUGGAUGUAAGCAAUGUGGGAAAGCCUACACAUUUUCCAGUGAUCUUCGUGUUCAUGAUAGAACUCACACUGGAGAGAAACCGUAUAAAUGUAAGCAGUGUGGGAAAUCCUUUUAUAAAGUCAGUCACCUUCAAAGACAUGAAAGAACUCACACUGGAGAGAAACCUUAUGGAUGUAAGCAAUGUGGGAAAGCCUUCACUGAUUCAAGUGCCCUUCGAUAUCAUGAAAGAACUCACACUGGAGAGAAACCCUAUGGAUGUAAGCAAUGUGGUAAAGCCUAUACUUUUUCCAGUACCCUGCGCAAUCAUGAAAGAACUCACACUGGAGAGAAACCCUAUAAAUGUAAGCAAUGUGGUAAAGCCUACAUUUUUUCCUUUUCCCUUCGCAGUCAUGAAAGAACUCACACUGGAGAGAAACCCUAUAAAUGUAAGCAAUGUGGUAAAGCCUACAUUUUUUCCAGUUCCCUUCACAGUCAUGAAAGAACUCACACUGGAGAGAAACCCUAUGCAUGUAACAAAUGUGGGAAAUUCUUCACUUGUAUGAGUAACCUUCGACAUCAUGAAAUAACUCACCGUGGAGAAAAACCAUAUGAAUGUAAGCAAUGUGGAAAAGGCUUUACUCAUGCCUGUUAUUUACGAAACCAUGAAAGAAGUCACACUGGAGAGAAACCCUAUGCAUGUAAGCAAUGUGGGAAAGCCUACACUGAUUCAAGUGCCCUUCGAUAUCAUGAAAGAACUCACACUGGAGAGAAGCCCUAUGAAUGUAAGCAAUGUGGUAAAGCCUACACUCUUUCCAGUUCCCUUCGUAUUCAUGAAAGAACUCAUACUGGAGAAAAACCCUAUGGAUGUAAGCAGUGUGGGAAACCCUUCACUAAUUCCAGUUCCCUUAAAAAACAUGAAAUUAUUCACUCUGGAGAGAAACCCUAUGGAUGUAAGCAAUGUGGAAAAGCCUAUACUGAUUCAAGUUCUCACACUGUAGAGAAAUCCUAUGGAUGUAAGUAAUGUAGGAAAGUGUACAGUGUUUCUAGUACCCUUUAUAUUCAUGGAAGAACUCACAUUGGAUAGAAACCCUAAGAAUAAGCAAUGUGGGAAAGCCUUGCAGUUAUCUUUGACAUGAGACAGUUCACAUUGUAGUAAAAUGAUGUACAUGUGUGUAAUUUGGCUAAGUCUUCACACAUUCCACUGCUCCUUCAAAACAUACAAAAGUAAAAUAGAGAAUAAUUGUAUUUGGAAAUCAAUUAGAAAAGUCAUCACUAAUUUCCAUGACCUGAAACAUGAAAGUCCUCACACUAGAGAGAAAAUCCAUAGGUGAAAUAUAUAUAGGAAGUUGGAAUGUCUUCAUCUUGCUUUAAUUGUCUUUGACAUGACACAGUUCACCUUGUAGCACAAUGCUCUUCAUGUGUGUAACAUGGUUAAGCAUUCACACAUUCCACUGCUCCUUCAAAACAUACAAAACUAUAUGAUCAAACAUGGUAUGAAGAGAAAACUUGAUUCAUGGCUUAUGGCUGGCAGGGAAGGAACUCUACCUCCAAGCCUCCAGUCCAUUUUCUCCUAGUUAUUUCAGAGCAAGGGUCUGUGAACUGUUUGCACAGGCUGACCUCCAACCAUGAUCCUCCUCUCUUACCCUCUCAUGUACUAGAAUUAUAGGACCCAGCCACUGGCAAUUGCCUUAUACAUUCUUAGAAAUAUCUCUGAUAAGUAUGUCUAAAUUUUUUCUCAAGAAACACGUUUUGUGCUUCUUAUUCUGUUGCCAGCCUACAGAGACAGUCGCAUCAAUAGACUUGCUUAAUUGCUGGAAGGAGUUGGUGCACAGAUGCUGUACCAUAUGAGUCACCCCAGCAAUCUUUGUGUGUGUUUUAAGUAUUUUUAAGAUAAGGUCCCUCAGUAUUUUCCCAAGCAAGCUUCAAAACAUAAUGCUACUGAUUGCUCUUCUUCACUAUAUAAAAUAAAGGUGUGAGGUUUUGGUGCCCAGGUCUGGGGAUUUCCUUAUUUGUCCACUGUAUUCAAAUGUCUUAAGGCAUUUAGUCUACCUAUAUACUUCAUAAAGUGGAUUUUGUUACAUAAUUUACACUGUGUGGCUGGAAGUAGAGAAUUGUAAACAUACCUGAGAAUCAGGACAACUCAGAGUAAACACAGUCAGUUAUGCACACAAACCACCCCUUCCCUUUGGUAGGCAAACAGUAGAAAUAAGACAAAAAGGUAACUUAAUUAAAAUGUUUUCAGAAACUGCCAAGAGGAUUAUGGAGAAAUGACAGCAAACAACACAUGUGGUUACACUUCUACACAACAUAAAGGGCAUAUAAGUUCAGUAUUCCACACUGAAUGACACAUUGAAGUUCAAAUCCUAAGAGCUCAGUACACCUGGGCACCUCCCCUUAUUUUAUCAUUGGGGAUCACAGAAGUUGAAUUUCUCAAGUACCUCUCUGGAAGAGCUGCUGUAAAACAUGGGCCCACUUUGUAGGAAGAUAAGUUUUGCUAAAACUCCAAAAGUCAAGAAUCCUGCAAAUUUCAAAUUUGGAAACUAGUUUGCAAAAUUUUAAAACAAUUUGAAAAUAAUGCACAUGAAUUUUUAUACCAUGGAGAAGUCUCUUACAUUAUCUUAGUAAUACUUUAGGGCAUCAACUCUAUCUUGUUAUAUACACACUUGCCAUGUACAUGUGAAACUUAAUAUACACAUUAAAAACCAAAAUCUCAAACUCAAUUCAAGUUUAUAGCACGAUUAACAGGUCUACAAGGAUUGACAAGUUCAAACAGUGUAAAAAGUGUUCAGAGACAGUAAAGAAAUAAUAUUCAUUGUUAAAGCAUAUAUAAUAGUUCUUUCUAAGUGUAAAAUAUGGCCAGUUCAUGGUUCCAAUGAGAAUAUCAAGGUAGCAAUUUACUGCCAUUAGUCCCAAGUUUUACAAAUGAAAUAAAAUAUACCUGACUUUUAGUUGAACUUGAAUCUUUUCAGAUAAUUUGAAGUAAUAUUUAGCUCUGUAAAUCAUGUCCAUUCUGAAAGUGCAUCCCUUGCUGCUUUCCUUUUUUCUACAGCAAAUACAAAACCUUAAUUUUCAUUUCUAAAAAUCGACAAGCCUUCAGACCCACUUUCUUGAGGCCACCUUACCUUAACAUUCAUUCCUAUAAAACAACUGAGAACAGUAACAGCAAAUGUGUGUGGAGGAUGGGAAAUACAUCUUCAUUCCACUCAGAGUAAGGGGAGAGAAGGUGCAAUGUACUUUGAUGCCCCUUCCCCACACAAACUUCAUAAAUAAGCAGAGAGGAUCCAAUGAAUACCAUGCAUCACCUCACAGAUGGGGAGUCUCAGGUUUUGCUGUGGAUCUUUCCAGAGGGGACUGUGGGCCAGGACAAAGUCACCUCAGGUACAACACAGGAUAGUACAAUUUUCCUGACUCCCCUGCAGGAUUCAUGGCACCAAGCACAGAGUGGCAUCAAAAGUUCGAUCAGUUCACACAUGGAUAAGAUCACUGUGGCCCUCUUUGCCCAACUAAAGAGCCUGGCCAUGUAUGUCUACUAUGCCUGUGUAAGAUCACUUCUUUAAAACCUCUUAGCUUUAGUAAGUUCUUGAGGUCUGGCUCAAGUGACACUAUCUGGAUUGUGAAGCUUUCCCCUCUUGUCUCCAAAUACCCUUUUGUAUUCUUUCUACUUCUUGAUUUCUUGACUUUGUAACUUGUAUUUUUAAAAUGACUUUAAUAAGAAUUUUAAAUGUAAAUAAAUUUUUUUCCAAUUACCCUUAUAUUUUUACUAUGCAAAGGUAAUUUUAAACUGUUUAUCUGUAAGUUACUUUAAGACACUUUUGUUAAUAUAUCUAGCUAUAAAAGAAUUGAAUGUGAAUUAAACUCAUGACAAAGUGAAACAAAUUGUUACUGUCCACAAAAAAUGCCUGUGUUUUACUUAGACCUUAUUGACAUCAAACUUUGAAAAACUAUUUUUCUUUAAAGUAGCAGUAGAAGAAGUAGUGGAGAGGAGAAAAGAAACCUUUCAUUUCUCGGCAUUAACCCAAUAAUAAGAAUCAUCCUAAAGAUGUACAA